AUGCCUGUCUUCUUGACCCACCCUCCUUCACCACAGACUGAGAGACAGUCUUCUGACACCCUCCGCCCAUCGCCUCAGGUCUCCAGGCAGAGUCAUCGCCAUCAGCAAACCCUGCAAAUUACUCGUGGCCAGAGAGUUAGUAUUCCUUACCGUCCUUCUCGUACAGCAACUCCGUCCUCGACACCGUCGUUGACGGAUCUACCCAGCCAACCUGCUGUCCUCACGCCAAGCACCAGGGGCCUGCAGCCGAUAGGGGCCAGCAGAGACAUUACUGGUGGAUUCAGCAACGCAUAUGAAGGAAGAGAUGGCAGGCAUCCUCCACAGAGAUGGGAACCAACGACGAGGCCAGGAGCACGAACCAAAGAUGUUGACGAUGCGGAGCUACUUGACAACAUCCUAGACGGCAUCGGGCGCAUGGCUGUGGGAACUGUUGCCAUGCAGAUGGACGAAGCC